AAUUUACCCUAAUUAUUGAACAUUCUACCAGUUAAAUGGGCCCAGCCCACGAGUAGAAGAACACUUAUAUGCAGUUUAUAACGUUGUGGGAGAAUUAAUUAGAAGCGAGGAUUUAACAGCGCGCUUCUUUUUUAACAACGAAAGGAGGAAAGCAAGUUUGUUCAGAAAAUAUGGGCUCCAUGGAGGAUGGAGUUGAUAAGAAGCUGCUCAUAUUGUAUGCUUCGCAAACAGGUAAUGCAAUGGAUGCUGCCGAGCGGCUCGUCAGAGAAGCCGAGCGCCGUGGCUGCCCAUCUGUCUGUCUCCUCUCCGUCGAUGAAUUUCAACCCAGCGACUUGCCAAAUAAGGAGGCAGUGAUCUUUGUGGUGUCAACCACGGGUCAAGGAGACAACCCGGAUUCUAUGAAGGGAUUUUGGAGAUUCCUAUUGCAAAAGAACUUGACGAGAGAGUGGCUUAAAGGAGUUCACUAUGCUGUGUUUGGAUUGGGUGAUUCGGGCUACCAAAAAUACAAUUUUGUGGCAAAGAAGUUGGACAAACGGCUGUCAGAUCUUGGUGCAGACGCAAUUGUAGAAAGAGGCCUGGGAGAUGACCAGCACCCUUCAGGGUAUGAAGGGGCUCUAGAUCCUUGGAUGUCUGCCUUGUGGAAUAUGCUGUACGAAAAGAAUCACAAUUUACUUCCAAACGGCCCAAAUUUUGUGGCUCCCGAUGCAACUUUAAUAGAUCAACCUAAAAUACAGAUUAUAUAUCAUGAUGCUGAAGAAGCGGUACCACCACUUUCAAGCUCCACAGAUUUGAAAUAUCUAGAGAUGCAAAUUGAGAGGGCUCGAUCAAUGACUCCCGGAAAAUUGUCCGGCAAGAACAGGCCUGAUUGCCUCCUGAAAAUGACCAAGAAUCAUCUAUUAAGUACACCGGACAAUGGGAAGGAUGUACGUCACUUUGAGUUUGAAGCUGUUUCAUCUUCGAUAGAUUAUGAAGUGGGUGAUGUUCUUGAAGUUCUUCCAGGCCAAAGUUCAGCUGCACUCGAUGCUUUCAUACAACGUUGUGAUUUGAACCCUGAAUCAUACAUAACUGUUCAGCCUAGAGAUAAAGAGAGUCGUGGUUUUCUUGUUCAUACACUGUUCCCCGCGAAAUUGAAAUCCUUUGUUGAGCUAACAAUGGAUGUUUCAUCUGCUUCCCCUAGACGCUAUUUUUUCGAGGUCAUGAGUUUCUUUGCCAGUGCUGAACAUGAAAAAGAAAGGCUUCAAUAUUUUGCCUCCCCCGAAGGAAGAGACGAUCUGUACCAAUACAACCAAAAGGAACGAAGGACAGUGUUGGAGGUACUGGAGGAUUUUCCCUCUGUAAGUAUGCCCUUCGAAUGGCUUGUACAGCUGGUCCCACCACUAAAAACAAGGGCCUUUUCGAUAUCUUCUUCUCAUUUAGUACAUCCAAACGAAGUGCACUUAACUGUAAGCGUUGUCUCGUGGACUACUCCUUACAAGAGAAAACGGUCAGGUCUUUGCUCCUCGUGGCUCGCCAGUCUUGAUCCUCAGCAAAGAGUGUAUAUACCAGCAUGGUUCAGUAAAGGCUCUCUUCCUCCACCACCUCCAUCACUUCCUCUCAUUCUCGUGGGACCCGGAACCGGUUGUGCACCUUUUCGUGGAUUUGUGGAAGAAAGAUCUUUGCAGAUUGAAAAAAACAUUCAAACCGCACCGAUUCUUUUCUUCUUCGGCUGUAGAAACGAAAAGGAAGACUUUUUGUACCGUGAUUUUUGGCUGUCACAUUCAGACAAGAACGGUGUACUGUCUGAAGAGAAAGGCGGAGGAUUCAAUGUUGCCUUUUCAAGAAACCAGACGAAGAAAGUUUACGUACAGCACAAAAUGAAAGAGCAAAGUGUGAAGAUAUGGAGUUUGCUAAAUCGAGGUGCUGCUGUAUAUAUCGCUGGCUCUGCGAAUAAAAUGCCGGCGGAUGUGUUUUCGGCUUUUGAGGAAAUUGUUUCGGCGGAAAGCGGUGUUGGGAGAGAAGAUGCUUCUAGAUGGAUUAGGACAUUGGAGAAGGCUGGGAAAUACCAUGUUGAGGCUUGGUCUUGAAUCUUGAUAGUCCUUACAAAUUAUUUGCAUUGGAUGUUGUCUUGAAAUAAAUGGUUUGAUGUUUUUAAGUGAUCUGUGGGAGAAUAUUAUUUUUUUAUUUAAUUUUUUUACUUAUAAAUGUAGGAGAUAUUCUUUAGGGGUCUGCAUCCCUAGUGAGAAAACUUAUUAGAUGUUAUAUCUGAAUUAAAAAAAACCAUUUGUUUCAC